ACAAAAGGUCAAAAGAUCUGGCCAAAGAUAAAGCCCAACACACGGGCCGUAUAACGAAAACUACCCCAUGGGCCAAAGCCCAAACAACGAGAACCCGUUGAGGAAGAAGAGACACGUCCACCCCACGUGUCCGAUCGCCCAGCGAUCAAUGAACACGCGUCAAAACGCAUACCAUCUGCUUCCACCGGAGCCAGAGAAAGUCACGACGGAGCUCCGCCGACGGCGGAAACGAAGCAACGAAAACCGAUCACCCAGAGCGGUUUACCCGAAGCUCAACCGAAGAGACAGACUAGCAGAUCUGCGAAACAAAGAAGAACAACAACCGCCUACAAUCGAUUGAAAUCCUCCGACAAGAUCAGAGAAAUAAAUCGAGAGGCAGUGAACGAAAGAAGAUCGGAGACACAUAUCAAGAUGAAACCGGGAUCAACCCGGAGGAUAGCCAGCGAGAACGAUGCUGACGAAGCCACCGUCUCCCGGAGACAAAAGCCGGCAAAGCUGGUGCCGAACGAACCACCGCUAUCCGGAGACAAACCGGCCGACCACUGAUGGAGAUAGUGCGACGCCGGAAGCAAAAACCGAUCGGAAAAACCUCCUUAUUUCUACUCCUUGUGAAAGAUUAAGAUUGAGAACAAGGAAUAUAGAGAGAAAAUCCUCUCUCUAAAAGAGAGGAGAGAGGUCAAACCGUCCACACGCGAGCUUUUCACUAUGAUACUCGUUCUUGUCAUGAUUCUGAUGAGUAGUUCUACGGAAGAAAAAACUGUGCUAGAUAAUAGAUUCAUAUGAAAUGCGAACAAAACAUAUUUUCAUGUAUAAGACCUCCAAGAAGCAAGACGUGGAAGAUGUUGACAAAAUAUAUGUAUAUAGUCCAUUUAAUGAAAAGAAAAGUCAACUCAGCAAGUGCACCAUCAUCGAAGUUGCGGCUUAUGGAGUGCACCACGUGUGUUGUAAACGCCAGACAAUUUGCCGCCGUUUGGAAGAGAUGGUAAUAACAAACUUUAGCAGAGGCGAGAGACUCUCCUUCACUAUUUUCUUGAAUCAUAUUAUAAUGCAACCAAGAGCAUCAACGUUUGUACAUAUACAAAUUGAACGAUUCAAGACUCGUUGAGUUUAUCAUUUUAGUUUACUUUAAUUUUUGGUUUAUGCUAAAAUGAGUGAAAAAGCUGGGAACUCUGCCGUUGAUUCCAAAAGCAUUAGAGACACCAUCUGCAACGCCGGUGCCGGAGCCGCCGCUGGUGCAAUCGCUGCGACUUUUGUUUGCCCAUUGGAUGUGAUCAAGACGAGGUUACAGGUUCAUGGUCUUCCUGAAACUCGAAGAGGUAGUGUGAUCAUUACAAGCCUAGGGAAUAUACUAAAGAAAGAAGGUGUUAGAGGAAUGUAUCGAGGCCUUUCACCAACAAUCAUAGCUCUCCUUCCCAAUUGGGCUGUGUACUUCUCUGUAUAUGGAAAGUUAAAGGAUCUGCUCCAGUCAAGUGAUGGAAAGCUAAGUAUUGGUGCAAACAUGGUAGCAGCUGCUGGUGCUGGAGCUUCCACAUCUAUUGCAACUAAUCCACUUUGGGUUGUCAAAACAAGAUUAAUGACACAAGGAAUGAGACCAGAUGUUGUACCUUAUAAAAGCAUGUUGUCUGCAUUUAGUAGGAUUUUUAGGGAAGAAGGAUUCCGAGGGUUGUACAGUGGCGUUAUACCUUCUCUGGUGGGAGUUAGUCAUGUUGCGAUCCAGUUUCCAGUAUAUGAAAAGAUCAAGCAAUACAUGGCAAACGUAGGUGAUAAAAGUGUGGACCAGUUAAGCCCUGGUGAAGUCGCGGUCGCCUCUUCAAUAUCUAAAGUAAUCGCCUCUGUAUCAACAUACCCGCACGAGGUUGUGAGGUCCAAGCUUCAAGAACAAGGGCAAGUAAGAAACGCCAAGGCUAAGUAUUCGGGUGUCAUUGACUGCGCAAAGAAGGUGUUUAGAAAUGAAGGAGUUCCCGGGUUUUACCGAGGCUGUGCUACUAACCUACUGAGGACAACACCGUCUGCGGUUAUUACAUUUACAAGCUAUGAGAUGAUCCAUAGGUUUCUUGUACAAGUACUCUCUCCAGAUAAGGAAAAUUGAAGCAAUAAAAACAGAUAAGUUCAACGUGAAAAAAAAACAAACCAGUUUAAUAAUAACAUAAGAUUUUUUUUUGGUC